GGGAGAAGGUCAAAUGACUCCGCAUGUCUGCUCGUGUGUACAUUCCCGCGAUGAUGCACGCCUGAUGAAGAAACACCUCCAACACUAACUACCGCGUCCCAAAAACGUUGGCGAGCGUCUGAAGAGGCUCCUCGCGCCUUGUCCGUCUGAAAGUUUGAAAAGUCAACAUCAAACCACGACCUCCCGAGCCUCUGAGCAGGAGAGAGAAGACGCUGCCAAGAUGUUCAGCACCAAGAGACUGAAGAAGAAGUCACAGUCGGUGGAUAUUGCCACCCAAGGUUUCUCCCCAACCCUAGUGCCAGCCUCGCCCCCCAACAAGGCUUCACCAACUGUUGCCAGGACAACAGCCGCCCUGGCCGUGCAGGAAAACAACACAAACAACUCCCAGCGCCGUAGCCCCCGGUGCGGGGAGCUGAAGAGAGGCUACACCAUAGAUACCGGGCAGAAGAAGACUCCAGAGAAGAAGGAUGGGAGGCGAAUGUCGUUCCAGAGACCCAAAGGGACCAUUGAAUAUUCUGUGGAAUCGCGGGACACGUUGAACAGCAUUUCGCUCAAGUUUGACACAACACCCAACGAACUGGUUCAGCUGAACAAGCUGUUCUCCAGAGCAGUGGUGCCUGGCCAGGUUCUGUAUGUUCCUGAUCCCGAGUACGUCUCCAGUGUUGGAAGCUCCCCCUCCCUCAGUCCCAUCAGCCCCCUGUCUCCCACCUCCUCAGAAGCUGAUUUAGAGAAAGUGACGGAUUCCGAUGGCCCCCCCAGACCAGAAGCCGCUCACCCUCCUGUGUUCUCCGCCCUUCGCCAGGCCAGAGUGGUGUCAUCCACCUCCGAGGAGGAAGAGGCCCUCACAGAGAAGUUCCUCAAGAUCAACUGCAAGUACAUCACUGGAGCAAUGGGUGCGGUGAGUGGGGUGUUGCUGGUGACACCCAACAACAUCAUGUUCGACCCGCACCGGAUGGACCCCCUGGUUCAAGCCCACGGGUGCGAGGAGUACGGCAUAAUGUGUCCUCUGGAGGAAGUGCAGUCUGUCGCCGUCUGCAAGGAGAUCACCGACCCCAAGAUCAGAGAGGCUGUGCCUGAUGACCUGGAGCCCCUCCCCACUGAGAGACACCCCUCCCAGCAGAAGGAGCCAGAGCAGCGCAUCAGGGAGCUGGGGGCCAGCGACAGCACAGCCCCACGCAGCACCGAGGGCUCCUUCUCCGAAGACGUCUUCACUGAGUCUGAGCUAUCCCCCAUCCGUGAGGAGGAGCAGGCGUCGAAUGAGGACCUCCGCCUAGACAAGUCCUCAGUCGCCUCCACCGAGUCUGUGCAAACCGUCACCCAGGUAGAAGCCGCUGCUGCCGGGUCCCAGGCCCCAGGCAGCGCCCGCGGCUCCGUCAGUCAGCCCGAGGAUGCCGCACAGGACAAUCCACCGGACACUGCCACAAAAAGUGAAACCCAGUCCCCCAUGGGAUCCGAGCAGCACAGUGUAGAGAAGCCACCAAGCACACCCACCACCACCAGCAGCAGCACUAGCCAGGCCCCGGGUCCCAGCAGCAGCACCUCUCGCCCAGGGUCCCAAAGCUCAGCCACCCCAGGUGCCACCUCCUCCGUCUCAGCCAGUCCACGGGGGGAAGCCAACGAGGGGACAAACGUCUCCAAAACAGACACUAUGCAACAGGGCAAGGAGAAGGGGGAAGGAGAGGAGACGCAAAAGGAAGCCACGCAGAACUCUGCAGAGGGUACAGGGUCUGCAGAAAGAAGGAAGCACCCCACUCACAAGUUCCUGUGUCUGCGGGUGGGGAAACCAAUGAAGAAGACAUUUGUUUCAAACGCCAGCGCCUCCAUGCAACAGUACGCCCAGCAGGGCAAGAAGCACGAGUACUGGUUUGCUGUGCCGCAGGAGAGAUCAGACCACCUGUAUGUGUUCUUCAUGCAGUGGAGCCCGGACAUGUAUGGUGAGGGGGUCAGGGGAAUGGGACAGGAGCCUGGGUUUAGGGUUGUCAAGAAGAAUGAGGCGACAGAAACAGCUGUGGACGAGCCCAUCACCGACCUCAAUGUCAAGGAGUGGGAGGUAGUGUCUCUGACGGAGUACCACCGUCGGAUCGAUGCGCUAAACAGUGACGAUCUGCGCUCGCUCUGCAAACGACUCCAGAUCACCACCAAGGAGGAGGUGAACUGCAAGCAGGGCACAUCCAUCAAGUCCGAGCUGGAGCCAGAAACAUUCAAACCAAACCUCAGAGAAGCCAGCGAUCUCCUGGAGGCCGACCAGAUAGAGAAGCUCGCCAGGAAUCUCCCACCACGGACCAUUGGGUACCCAUGGACGCUGGCCUUUGGUACUUCAAAGCAUGGCAUGAGCAUUAAGUCGCUGUACAGAGCCAUGCAGGGCCAGGACACCCCCGUGCUCAUGGUCAUUAAGGACAGCGACGGCCAGGUGUUUGGUGCCUUGGCGUCCGAGCCCUUUAAAGUCAGUGAUGGCUUCUAUGGCACCGGGGAGACCUUCCUCUUCACCUUCAACCCAGAGUUUGAGGUGUUCAAAUGGACAGGAGACAACAUGUUCUUCAUGAAGGGAGAUAUGGACUCCUUAGCUUUUGGUGGAGGAAGUGGGGAGUUCGGCCUGUGGCUGGACGGAGACCUGUACCACGGCCGGAGUCACUCCUGUAAAACAUUUGGGAACCCCAUGCUGUCGAAAAAGGAGGAUUUCUAUGUUCAGGACAUAGAGAUCUGGGCUUUUGAAUAACUCAACAGUGCACCACAGGAAAAAAAAAAAAAAAGGAAGUCCUGCAAAAGGGCAGAGCAAGGAGCCCCCUCCUCCUUUAGAACAAUGGCAACGCCCCAAACCUGACUGCACAUCACCGGGCCCCCGGAGGAAGCCAGCUACCGGGUGCUUGUUGUGCGUUACUACUGCAGUUGUUACGGAGCUUCUUUUUCUUUGUGAAGAAUUACCUUUGUGUGUAUAUUGUUCCAGCCUUGUGCGGCGUCUUUGCAGAGUAGGGGGAGUGUGUAGAGGACCGCGAGGAGAGGGAGAGGGCCUUGAGGAGGAGCAUUAGAACUCCUGUUGGUGGCUGAGGUUUGGGACUGCUGCGAGAACAGAACUGCUCUACUCAUCCAGAUCGUGUAUCUGAAUGUCACAGAACCUCAAGGAGCCCCCUGAACACACCCCACAACACACACACACACACACACACACACACACACACACACACACACACACACACACACACACACACACACACACACACACACACACACACACACACACACACACACACACACUACUCACUGUGCUGUCAGGGACCCAGAUAGGAAGCUGAACACAUUCCAUUACUCCUGGUGAUGGCGGUACCAUUUAAAUCAAACUACUCAUCAGCAGCAGGAUGUGAUGACACUCAGCUCAGAGAGGAUUUGCUGUGUGAGGGGGGGGUGUUAGUCUUUUUUCCAGUGCAGUUUUGGGUUGUCUUUUGAGGCUCAACUAUAGAGUAUUGUGUAUUGUAGUCCUCCUGUUGUUCACUGUCAUAGCACACCAUCUGAAAGCACAUAGCUAUAAUCAGACCACCAUGUCGUGACGUUCCGUUCAGUGGGUGUAGUGUGAGUCCAGCUGACGCCGGCUGUACUGUUCGUAGACAGUAACGUGUUGCAAUAGAUUUGUGGAAUAUGCAAAAUAACUGUCCUGUGACCUCAAAUACCCGCGGGGGAGGGGGAGGGGGAAAGCACGGCACUUUAGCCGCCGCCCGUUGCUAUUUCGCGAGACACACCUGUAAAGCUUUUACGUCUUGAUACAUGGUCGCUUUUCCGGUGGGGGGGGGGUCAUUUGAAAAGCCCGAGACGUGGUUAACUGUUUUACAUGCAUAUAUGACAAUUAUAUAUUGGUAUAUAUGAUUAUAUAGGGAUUUAUAUAAUCAUAUAUAUUUAGCUGUUAAGUGUGACAGUGAUCUAUUUGUGCUGAUAUUUCAGCUGUUACAAUAUUAUGUAUAUUACCCUGUACAUUAAUGUUCAAACAGUAGAUUUGUUCCUAAUAUAUAUAUAUAUAUAUAUAUAUAUAUAUAUAUAUAUAUAUAUAUAUAUAUAUAUAUA